AUGAAUCGGUACACUUGCGAGGCCGUUCUGACGGUGGCCGUUGCGCUAUGCUGCGCCGUGGCCGUCACCGGAUCCGACGAGUCAGCGGCUGCGAUCGCCCAGACGACGACGACGACGACGACGGCGGACGACGGCCACCGUCAGCUGAUAGACACGGUGGACAGUGUGUUGGACUCUGCUGACUCGUAUCAGCUGGUGCCCGGCGUCCGGAUCAAGCGGUCCGCCGAGGAUACCGCCGACGCCACGGCCGUCUCUCAAGCCGACCGUGAUAGCGAUCCCGAGAAUUACCUGAUCGACAGGUUGGCCGGUUUCGUCGGCACGCACGACCUAGACGUCGAUUUUUCCGAGAUGUUCCAGACAACCGGCAGGGCGUUCAUCAACCUCCAUCAUCUGCCUAGAUUUAACUUUGGCAAGAAUUCGUUUUUGACCGGUUUUGGAUUGGGUUUUUUGGCGUUUGGCUUAAAGAAAUUAUUGCUACCCAUCAUCAUCGGAGUACAGAUCUUCAAAUCCGUCGCACUCGCCGCUCUGUUACCGACGCUGUUGGGUAGCGUCGGAAAAGUGGUUUCAAAAGGCGUAUCGAACUUCGCGUCGAGUUCAUCGCACUUUGGGCCCAGCGCUGGUUCAGAUGGUUUGAGUGACUUUGAAUUUAAAGACCAACAACAACCAAACAUCGGUCUGGGUUACGACACGGCUGGAGCAGCGGACACGUCUGGUUCGGAAACGGGUUACCAGAGUAUUUGGACUUAUCCGCCGGAUAACAAUGUGAAUGCGAUCACCGCGAGCUACGGAAGCAGCAACAGGUAUCCGCUGAAAUACGGCCAGAAUAGCGUAUCCGCCACCAAGCUGCAGUCGGGCAACUAUUACACCAAGGACAAGACCGAGGACUUUAAGGUGUUCCACACGAUACCUGCCAGUUCGCACCUGUUGGCCAACUACGAUCCGUUUUACAGCCCACUUUUGUCCAGGAUCGACACAGUGUACAAGCAGCUCGGGUACACGACGGAACCUUGCCGGGAACGGUUGGUGUGCCAGAUGUACAAGAACCCAGCCAAGUUUGCGCCGUACAGCAAUCUCGUCUCAGCGCAGCUCAGCAGAGAGCUAAACGAACUGCGCAAACCAUCGUCCGAGAACCCGGAGAUAUUGCGAUUUUUCAAGUACAUGAAAGCCGCCAAAGACGGUCAAGACAACAAAGACUGCGAGAUGAUUUUCUCGUCAUGCGUGUCCCAAAGGUCGCCAGACGAUUCGGUGCCCAUGAUGACCACUUACAACGAGAUCAACAAACUGGUACAGGCCAGAAACGCUAAGAAACUGGCGGAAUCGUCCACAGUCUCCGACGGGGUGAAGUCGGAAUCGUCCACAGUCGCAGACGACGUAAAGUCGGAAUCGUCCACCGUCGCAGACGACUUAAAGUCGGUAUCUUCUACCGUCGCCGAAGUAGAGUCGGUAUUGACACAUUGA